AUGGGCAACUGCAACGCUUGCAUAAGACCUUCAGAAAGAGAGCAGGCACCAACGCCAAAAUCAAAACCCCCAACUCCAAAACCACGGAGAAGUCCUCGACCUCGAGAACGCCAUCCGAACCCAUAUGCCGAGUCCCCGGCCCCGAUCCGAGUCCUGAAGGACUUCUUCCUAAAGACAAUACUUUCAGAUAAGUAUAUACUAGGUCGGGAAUUGGGUCGGGGUGAAUUCGGUGUAACCUACCUUUGCACGGACCGGGAGACAAGGGAGGACCUUGCUUGCAAAUCGAUUUCGAAGAAGAAGCUACGAACUGCGGUGGAUAUAGAGGACGUGCGCCGGGAGGUGGCGAUUAUGUCUAGCCUGCCGGAACAUCCCAAUAUCGUGAAGCUACAUGCGACGUAUGAGGACAAUGAGACUGUACAUUUAGUGAUGGAGUUGUGCGAGGGAGGUGAGCUAUUUGAUAGAAUAGUGGCGCGUGGGCAUUAUAGUGAGAGGGCCGCCGCCGGGGUUGCCAGGACUAUUGCAGAGGUGGUGAGGAUGUGCCACCAGAAUGGUGUUAUUCAUCGAGAUUUGAAGCCGGAGAACUUUUUGUAUGCGAAUAAGAAGGAGAAUUCGGCUCUUAAGGCUAUUGAUUUUGGGUUGUCUGUGUUUUUCAAGCCUGGCGAGAGGUUCUCUGAGAUUGUGGGAAGUCCUUACUACAUGGCGCCGGAGGUUUUGAAACGAAAUUAUGGGCCGGAGGUUGAUGUAUGGAGUGCCGGUGUGAUUCUUUAUAUUCUGUUAUGUGGAGUUCCUCCAUUUUGGGCAGAAACUGAACAGGGUGUUGCACUAGCAAUUUUAAGAGGAGUGAUUGAUUUUAAGAGGGAGCCUUGGCCGCAGGUUUCUGAAAGUGCCAAAAGCCUUGUUAGGCAGAUGUUGGAGCCCGAUCCAAAAAAACGCUUGACAGCCCAGCAGGUGCUUGAUCACCCAUGGGUACAGAAUGCGAAAAAGGCUUCAAAUGUUCCUUUGGGAGAUAUUGUUAGGGCAAGACUCAAGCAGUUUUCUGUUAUGAAUAGAUUCAAGAAAAAAGCAUUGAGGGUAAUUGCUGAACACUUGACAGUUGAAGAGGCAGAAGUAAUCAGAGAUAUGUUUAUGUUGAUGGAUACUAACAAUGACGGGAAAGUAACAUAUGAGGAACUGAAAGCUGGUCUUCGUAAAGUUGGUUCCCAGCUGGCAGAACCAGAAAUGAAGUUGCUGAUGGAUGUGGCUGAUGUUGAUGGAAAUGGAGUCUUGGACUAUGGGGAGUUUGUCUCAGUCACAAUCCAUUUGCAGAGAAUGGAGAAUGACGAGCACUUUCAUAGAGCAUUUAUGUUCUUUGACAAAGAUGGAAGUGGGUAUAUCGAGAUUGAUGAACUUCGAGAAGCUUUAGCUGAUGAAUCUGGUGAAACUGAUGUUGGUGUACUCAAUGACAUUAUGCGAGAAGUUGAUACGAAGCAGGACGGACGAAUCGAUUACGAGGAGUUCGUUGCAAUGAUGAAAACCGGAACAGAUUGGAGAAAGGCAUCUCGUCAGUACUCACGAGAGAGGUUCAAGAGCUUGAGCCUUAAUCUCAUGAAAGAUGGCUCUCUACAGCUUCAAGAUGGGUUUACCGGUCAAACUGUUAUCGUUUGA